AUGGUCCGAAGACAGAACGAUAGUGCGGCGAAGAGGUUGACUGCCAAGACGAAGAAAAUACGAGUCCCCAGCCGGCCAGCUUGCCCCGCUUGGCGCAUGAACAGCAUCGCGCUAUACAACGUUCUGGAGCUGAAUUUCGUCAUUUUCGGCACCUUCAAGAAGCGAAGCGGUCUUUACUUCUGGAGUUUUCUUAUUGCGACAUGGGGAAUCGCGCCGAACGCAAUCGGCUAUCUCCUAAAGCAUCUUGCUUUGAUAGACGUCAGUAACUUAUACGCCACUCUAAUCGUCAUCGGAUGGUGCACAAUGGUCACCGGCCAGUCCGUCGUGCUCUAUUCCCGGCUGCAUAUUGUUAGGCAGAACCAGACUGUUCUGCGCGCUGUUUUGGCCAUGAUCGUUUUUAGUGCCAUCGUUUUGCAUAUUCUGGUCGUUAUCUUGGUGUACGGUUCAAAUUCAGCGAAUCCAGGACCUUUCCUGCACAUAUAUUUUGUCUACGAGAAGCUUCAGUUGACCGUCUUCUUCGUUCAAGAAACCAUCAUCUCUGGCCUUUACAUCUGGGAGUCCAUGAAACUCCUCAAGUCUGAGAAGGACAUUAGAGAGGGGGCUGGACCGAAACGCGUGAUGAACCACCUCAUCUACGUCAACAUUAUUGUCAUCUUCCUUGACAUUAGCGUGGUGGCUCUCGAGUUCGCGAACUACUACGUCGUGCAAACAGCCUACAAGCCGCUGGUGUACAGUAUCAAGUUAAAGGUGGAAUUCAGCAUCCUCGAUAAACUAGUGGAGUUGGCGCAGAGUUCUACACUGGGUAGCUCCUACACGCGCAAUCGCAUCGGGGAGACGGCUGGCGUGACGUUAGAUACUUUCGUGGCGGACGGUGCAGGCAGUUCAAGAUGGGCUGUCCAGUGGUUGAGUGAGUCACACAUUGACAUUGGAGGGAACGACGGAGAUCAGGAACGUGAUACAACGGCGAUAGUGCGGACCACAGAAAUCAUCGUCCAGCGUGGCCAGCAUUGGCCGGAUCGGGAUCGAGAUUUCGAAAGCUACGAUGGAAACUCGGCUAUAACGACCAAGUCUGUCGCAGACGAAGAGGUGACCUCGUCGGCAUCAUCUGAGAUACAACUUGCCAGGGCUGGGUAUUGA